UCUCCGCUCCGGAUCCGGGAGGAGGGAAGGAGAAGAGAGGAGAUCGGGCGCCUCCCACCCAGCCGCACAUGGCUCAGCCGGAGCGCGGGGCCAGAUCGCGGGCGGCGCCUACCCCUCCAGGCAUGUGUGCGCCCAACUCUGCCCGGAGCCCCUGGCCAGGGCGCAGCGGCUGAACGGCUGUGCCCGGGAGAGGCACGCACCCGCGGCUCCCUGCGGGCACCUGUGCGGAGAGGCCAAAUUAGCCCCAGCUCUGCUGAUCAUGGUCAACAAGACCUUAAACUAUUGGGAUCCCAAUUUUGAGGAUGAGGUCAUCAACAUCAACGUUGGGGGCCUGAGAAGAAGGCUGAGCUCGAGCGCCCUCUCCAAGUUCCCCGACACUCGCCUUGGGCGCUUGCUCUCUUGCGACUCAGAGGAGUCCAUCUUGCAGCUGUGUGACGACUAUGACGUGAGUGCCCGGGAAUUCUACUUUGACCGCAACCCUGGCUUCUUCCUUUAUGUGCUCCACUUCUACCAGACAGGCAAGCUGCAUGUUAUGGACGAGCUGUGCGUCUUCUCCUUUUGCCAAGAGAUCGAGUACUGGGGCAUCAACGAGUUCUUCCUGGACUCCUGCUGCAGCUACCGCUACCACGAGCGGAAGCUGGAGAGCCGCCACCACAACUGGGAUGAAGAAAGCGAGGUCAGCAGUGUGGACAUGUCUCCGGACGAGAUCUCGGAUUUCAACCAUGACCUACUUCGCUACAGCACCCUGCGCUGCGGCAAUGUGCGCAAGCGCCUCUGGCUCACCAUGGAGAACCCGGGCUACUCCAUCCCAAGCAAGCUCUUCAGCUUUGUGUCCAUCAGCGUUGUGUUGGCCUCCAUCGCUAGCAUGUGCAUCCACAGCAUGCCGGAGUACCAGGAGCCUGACGAGGAAGGCAUCUUGAAGGACGACACGGUGCUGGAGAACCUGGAGUACUUUUGCAUCUCCUGGUUCACCUUUGAAGUGACGGCCCGUUUGCUGCUAGCGCCAAACUUGAGGAAGUUCUUCAAGCACCCCUUGAACCUGAUUGACAUCGUCUCGGUGGUGCCUUUCUACUUCAGCCUUCUGGUGGAAGUGACCGCGGGGAGCGACUCGGAGCUGGGCAACCUGAGCAAGGUGGUGCAGGUGUUUCGCCUCAUGAGGAUAUUCCGGGUGCUGAAGCUGGCGAGGCAUUCGACGGGUCUGAGGUCCUUAGGAGCCACCUUGAAGCACAGCUACAGAGAAGUGGGAAUCCUACUCCUGUACUUGGCCGUUGGGGUGUCCGUUUUCUCCGGAGUGGCCUACACAGCUGAAAGGGAAGAAGAUGUUGGCUUUGAUACCAUCCCCGCCUGCUGGUGGUGGGGGACAGUGAGCAUGACCACCGUCGGCUACGGAGAUGUUGUGCCAGUGACAGUGGCCGGCAAGCUGGCUGCUUCCGGCUGCAUUCUGGGCGGGAUUUUGGUGGUGGCGUUGCCCAUCACCAUCAUCUUCAACAAGUUCUCCCACUUCUACCGCCAGCAGAAGGCUCUCGAGGCUGCUGUGCGGAACAGUGAUAAGAAGGAACCGGAGGACUCCGAGAAUUACCCAAGCCAAGAGUCAGAGUUUUGCAGUGAGGCCUACCAGAGAGACGAUGACUUUACCAGAAACAUACUUCCAGUCCAUUGAGAUGGACAGGGAAUCAGGGACUUCAAUUCUGGCACCAGGCUUUCAGGCAAGGAGCUUGUGAGAUGGUCGCAGGAGCAAGUAUCUCUGCCAUCGUGGGCCCAUUAGUUAUCAGUGACCUGUUGCAGAAUCACUUGCCUGCUGAGCCAAUGCAGGAUACCAACUCACCUUAGGCAUCUGGAUUUCCAGUAUUUUGCCCAAGACGCUAUACACUGUGACUGACUCGACCCUCUACCCACCAAGGGACCGUUGGAGCCAAAUGGCCAAACUGCUAUGCUUCUUGAUGCAGUCCAUAUCUCAUCCCUCCAGAGCAGCAAAAGAGGGUAGCUUUACCAUUAUCAGCACUUUUUAAGGUCCUUGCAGGGGUGUGUGAGUGGGAAAAAUGCUAUUAGCAACCCUCAGGUAUAACCGACAGGCAGGGGAGCAAGGCAUCCUGGCUGGAUUGGAAAUGCAAGACUAGAAUCAUAGCAAAUAAUAGAUAAAUGGUGCAAUCAUUUUUAAAGGCUCUUUUUUUCAUUUUAGGCAUUCAGCAGCCAUCCCAGUAACAACCACCAUGUCCUUAGU